UUUGUUUCCAUUUCAUCAUCAUGGCCCGCGGUAACCAGAGAGAACAAGCUCGUGCAAAGAACCAGAAGAAGAUGGCUGAAGCCAAGAAGGGCAAGACAUCUCUCAACGGCCAGACCAUCAAUCAGAAGAAGGAGAGUGAUGCUGCUAUUAUGCGUGCCAAGCAAGAAGCUGCUUUGGCCAAAAAGGAGCAGGAAAGCGCAGCAGGAAAGGCCUAAUUGAAGAAGAACAAAAAGAAGAGAUCGUUUCUUGUGCAGACUUUGGUUAUUCCAAAAGAACCGAAUUUAUCCCACUUAUUUUUCACCCCUCUUCAAUCCCCCCAUUACCCCCUCACUUUUUACUACCAACAUUUUUGGAAGAAGAAAAAAAACCUCAACAAGACCAACAAUAGCAACAACAGCAAACAACAGCAAACAACAACAACAAAAAAAGGAGAGAGAAAGAGAGAAAAUGGCGCUUCAAAAUAUUUGCCUCAUUUUCUUCCUUUCUUUUUGAUUUUUGUAACAAUUGACUUGGCUCACCAUUUUUUUUACGAUGUAUGUUUCUAGAUCAACCAAAACAUGUUUCCAAAAAGUAUAAAAGAAUCCUAAAAAAAAAGC